AUGGUUGAUUUAGACAAUGUUUCUACACCUUCAGGAGAAGCCAGCAUCUCUUCCUCUGGUAACAAUAAUAACAACCAAACAACAACCCCUCCAAAACCCACUAAGAAAAAACGAAACCUCCCAGGAAUGCCAGAUCCGGAAGCAGAGGUGAUUGCUUUAUCUCCGACGACUCUGUUAGCUACGAAUAGAUUUGUGUGUGAAAUAUGCAACAAAGGUUUUCAGAGGGAUCAGAAUCUUCAACUCCAUAGGAGAGGUCAUAAUCUGCCAUGGAAACUGAGGCAGAGGUCGAGUAAGGAAGUUAGGAAAAGGGUUUAUGUUUGUCCUGAACCGACUUGUGUUCAUCAUGAUCCUUCUAGAGCUUUAGGCGAUCUAACGGGGAUUAAAAAGCACUUUUGUAGAAAACACGGUGAGAAGAAGUGGAAAUGCGAUAAGUGUUCUAAGAAAUAUGCUGUUCAAUCGGAUUGGAAAGCUCACUCUAAAGUUUGUGGUUCUAGAGAGUAUAAAUGCGAUUGUGGAACCGUUUUUUCCAGGAGGGAUAGUUUCAUAACGCAUAGAGCUUUUUGUGAUGCGUUGGCAGAGGAAAAUGCGAAAUCUCAGACUCAACCGGUUGUGAAAGCUAGUUCAGAAUCUGAUUCGAAGGUUUUGACUGGAGAUUCGUUGCCUCAACCGCCUCCUCCUCCUCCGUUGCCGGUGGUGACUACCACUCCUCAGUCAAAUAGUGGUGUGUCCUCUGCUUUGGAGACUCAGAAGCUAGAUUUACUAGAAAUUCCGCCUCAAAUCGUAGAGGAGACACAACCGGUUGUCGUUGCUACUACUACUUUAAAUGCUACUACUAUAAAUGCUACUACUACUUUAAAUGCGAGUGGUAGUAGCAGCAGUACUAGCUCAACAAGCAAUGGUUGUCCCGCUACUAGCAGCGGUGUGUUUGCAAGUUUGUUUGCUUCUUCAACAGCUUCAGCUUCUACGAGUCUACAGUCUCAAACUCCAGCAUUCACUGAUUUAAUUAGGUCCAUGGGAUGUCCAGAUGCUCGCCCUACUGAUUUCUCAACUCCUCCAUCGUCCGAGGCCAUAUCCCUUUGCCUCUCGACCAAUCAGGGAUCAUCCAUUUUCGGGACAGGUGGCCAGGAGUGCCGCCAAUAUGUACCUACACAUCAGCCACCAGCUAUGUCUGCCACUGCAUUACUUCAGAAAGCUGCUCAAAUGGGCGCUGCAGCAACAAAUGCCUCUUUGCUUCGAGGGCUUGGAAUCGUGUCGUCCUCCGCUUCCACUUCAACGGGUCAGCAAGAUAGCCUUCAUUGGGGUCUGGGACAAGUGGAACAGGAGAGUGCUGGCUUAGUUCACGCGGGACUCGGACUAGGUCUUCCUUGUGACAGUGAAUCUGGACUAAAGGAAUUGAUGUUGGGGACUCCGUCGAUGUUCGGUCCUAAGCAAACAACUCUUGAUUUUCUAGGAUUAGGGAUGGCUGCAGGUGGCAGUGCCGGUGGAGGUUUGUCAGCACUUAUCACAUCAAUUGGCGGUAGCAGUGGAUUGGAUGUUACAACAGCAGCUACAUCUUAUGUUAAUGGAGAGUACUCUGGCAAAGAUAUUGGUAGAAGCUCAUGA